AUGCAUGUUUUUGAUUUUUUGGGUGUCUGUUCCCCUUUCAGCUAUGACAGAUCGGAAACACACUUCCAGACAUCCUCCGCCUUGUUUGAUUCCGAACUACUGGAAGCUGGGUUGAUUGGCAACAUCGAGCAUCAACCUCAUCCAGCCUUGCAUCCAGCCGCUGGUGGUUAUUCUUCCCAAAUUCCUGUUGCCGGCGCCACAUACAAUGAGCUUGUAUUCAUGCAACCGUCCCGCCUUUUUUUCACUCUGCGUGACAUCGUUCGCAUCAAGAGUCUAGAUGGGGUGAGACAUGAUUCAUGCGGUACGCACCGUAUGUUGGUGACUGCUGAGACGCCAUCUGGACUCAAAGCCGGUGAAUGUGAACCGGAAACGUUUAUACAGGCAAACAACGCUCAAGAUGUUUACGAGGAAAAGUGGGGAGUCUGGGGUUCUGACAGUUGGAGAAAAGAUAUGGGACUACCUCCAACAUGGGUCGGGGUGGUGGCAAAGUACCUAAAGAAACACCUGAAGGCAGUCUUUCGCUAUGUUACUUUGAUGGGUAUACCCAGUGAAAAUUCUGAUAGAGCUGUGGUCCAUCGGCAAUGGAUUGGACAUGCAUAA